UUUCCGCCGGUGGAUUUCACAUUUCACUCACAUAUUUUUACCAUCUUAUUAUUUUCAGCGCAAAAAACAUUGUCUUGGCAGCGUAGAAAGCGUGAAGAGAAAAUAAGGAAAAAGUUUUGAUUCAACUUGGAAAAGGCUGAGAAACAAAAUCUCCUUUCCUUUCACCGAUAUCCUCGCUAAGGUGUUCAUCCAAAAAAGAAAAAAAAAAAGAAGAAAAUCUCAAUCGAAGUUCGUUUCUUCUCUCAUUCCUCCAGCUGAUCGUGAUUGUGUAAUAAUAAAAGAGCGUGCACGUAAGAGGAUCGUGGAUUGGUGUUUCGUUGUUUUGUUUAGUUCUGCAUUUGCUUGUUGUGAGAGCAAGGUCACGAUUUCUGCAACUAUGAGAACUUCAUGGGCGGAUUCUGCUGACAAUUCAGCCAAUGGUUCUGGCAAUUCCAAUGCCUGGGCUCCCCGGGCAGCAUAUGUGCCUCCGCAUCUUCGCAACCGGACAAUGUCGUCUGAGGCUCCGGCGGCUGCGGCGGCGGGGACAGCGGUGGCAGCUUCUUUGCCGGCGAAUGACCGGGUGAAUCAUGGUGGUUCAAUUCCCCAUCAUGGGGGUUACUUUAAAGCGGAUAACGGGCGGCAGGGUUAUGGUUCUGGUUUUCAGAGUGGUGGUGGUGGUGGCUGGAAUGGUAGAGGGGCGGGGAGGGACCGAGGGAGGCGUGAGGUAAACCCUUUUGAGAAUGAUGAAGCUGAGGAACAAUCUUUAGGUGAACAAGAGAACACGGGGAUUAACUUUGAGGCCUAUGAUGAUAUCCCUGUGGAGACUAGUGGGGAAAAUGUGCCCCCUCCUGUGAACACAUUUGCUGAAAUAGAUUUGGGUGAGGCAUUGAAUCAGAAUAUACAGAGAUGCAAGUAUGUGAAACCGACCCCAGUUCAGAGGUAUGCCAUUCCGAUUUCCCUUGCGGGGCGAGAUUUGAUGGCCUGUGCUCAGACUGGGUCUGGGAAAACAGCUGCCUUUUGCUUCCCUAUUAUAAGUGGGAUCAUGAGGGAGCAGUAUGUUCAAAGACCGCGCGUAGCACGAACUGCUUUUCCGCUGGCGCUCAUCCUCUCCCCUACACGGGAGCUUUCAUGUCAGAUACAUGAUGAGGCCAAAAAGUUUUCUUAUCAAACAGGUGUCAAAGUGGUGGUUGCUUAUGGAGGAGCACCAAUCAACCAACAGCUACGGGAGCUCGAGAGAGGUGUUGAUAUUCUGGUGGCAACUCCAGGACGAUUGGUGGAUUUGCUUGAGAGGGCCAGGGUGUCAUUGCAGAUGAUAAGAUAUUUGGCUCUUGAUGAGGCAGAUCGGAUGCUGGAUAUGGGUUUUGAGCCUCAAAUAAGAAAGAUAGUUGAACAAAUGGACAUGCCUCCUCCAGGCAUGAGACAGACACUGCUGUUUAGUGCCACAUUUCCCAAAGAGAUACAGAGACUUGCAUCGGAUUUUCUUGCUAGUUAUGUGUUUCUGGCUGUUGGAAGGGUCGGUUCAAGUACUGAUCUAAUUGCUCAAAGAGUAGAGUAUGUGCUUGAGUCAGACAAGAGAAGCCACCUCAUGGACCUUCUUCAUGCUCAAAGGGAAAAUGGAAUUUCUGGCAAGCAAGGUCUGACAUUAGUUUUUGUGGAAACAAAGAAAGGAGCUGAUGCAUUGGAACACUGCUUGUGUGUUAAUGGAUUUCCAGCAGCUAGCAUUCAUGGUGACAGAACACAACAAGAAAGAGAACUAGCAUUGAGGUCGUUCAAGACUGGAAUUACACCAAUUCUAGUGGCAACGGAUGUUGCAGCCCGAGGUCUUGACAUCCCACGUGUAGCACAUGUGGUUAAUUUUGAUCUUCCCAAUGACAUUGAUGAUUAUGUGCACCGGAUAGGAAGAACAGGACGAGCUGGCAAAAUGGGAUUAGCAACGGCCUUCUUCAAUGAAAGCAAUUUGUCCUUGGCUAAACCAUUGGCUGAUCUGAUGCAGGAGGCAAAUCAAGAAGUACCUGCCUGGCUCACCCGAUAUGCGGCAAGGGCUGCAUACGGUGGUGGCAACAGAAAUAGAAGGUCAGGGGGAUCCCGUUUUGGUGGCCGCGAUUUUAGGAGAGACAACUCCACUAAUAAAGGAACAGAUUACUAUGGUGGAAGUGGUGGCGGUGGAUAUGGCAAUUAUGGUGGAGGCUAUGGUCAAGGUGUAACAAGUGCUUGGGAUUAGAUUAGUGUCGCGUCACUAAUUCAUUCUCACAUUGAUUGUAUAUAAAUUUCAGACUUUAAUGGUGAAAAGCUGUACUCAACCAUGUCUUGCCUGAAUCCAUGCAUUCCCUUGUCCUUACUGCAUGAAAUCUUUUAUCAUAGGAAAGAUUUACAAUUGGCUUGGUUUUGCUGGUUUAGUCAAAUAAGGUGGAGAAAUGCUGCAUUUGGAGAAGACAAAAUCUGUAAGCAACCCAAAAAUUUCUGACUGGAUGACUUGUCGGAGAGUCUAUAGAAGUGUGUGAGGUUGUAAACAGAUUGGAUGGAAGAGAACAAUGAGCAGAUAUUACUGAGUUUAAAUGGUGAGUAAUGCUGUUAUGUAUUUUGUUAGGGUCCUUAGCCUUUGACAGUUAAGUCAGGAGGAGUUAUCCCCAAUUAGCAUGCACAUAUUAUUGAUUUGAUUAUUCUAUCAACUGAACGUUCUGCGCUUAAUUACCUAAUCUUGUCUUUCCUUUUCUA